AUGUCUUCAGCCGAACCCUUCAAGGUGCUGGUCUUCUCCCGCACUGUAGCCUACCGUCACGGCUCUAUCCCCGCUGGUAUAAAGGCUCUCGAAGACCUCGCGGCAACUUCCUCGACCACUGCCCACCCAUUCCUCACGACGGCAACCGAAGACCCUAUGAUAUUUACGCCCGAAAGUCUCUCACAGUUCCGAGUCAUCGUUCUCUUGCAAUGCUCCGGCGAGUUCCUCGAUUCUUCCCAGCUCGACUCACUCAAGGGCUUCGUCCACUCCGGCGGCGGCGUUGUUGGCAUCCACUGCGCCAGCUUCGGCAUGCAGUCGAGUGCGUGGUAUGGCCGCUUGAUCGGUGGCGUCUUUACGGAUCAUCCAGAGCCGCAGAUGGCCAAGAUCCGGCCCGUUAUCAACAACAGGGGCCAUCCUACCCUUGCUGGAAUUCUGAAGAGACCCGAAGGCGAGAACGAGGGAAAGAAGAAACUGUUCGGUGUGACGGCAGACAAGGAGUGGGUAUGGGACUGGUUCGACGAAUGGUACAACUUCAAGACCAACCCGUGGGAUAAUCAGCAUCUCCAGGUUCUCUUGGAAGUAAACGAAGAGACCUAUACUGGAGGAAAACACGGUGAGCGUCACCCCAUUGCGUGGGCACAGGAGUUUGAGGGCGGCCGGUCGUUUUAUAACUCUCUUGGCCACUUUGAUGAAGCAUUUCUGGAGGACCCUGGGUUCAUGGCAUUUAUUCACAAGGCCAUUUUGUGGACUGCAAAGACUCUUAGGUAA